AUGGCUAAUUUAACAUAUGGCUCUGCAGGCCUGCAGCCUGUAACCCCUAGCACUGCCACCCUGCUCUUCCCCCUGCCACCCUGCUCGUCCCCCUGCCACCCUGCUCUUCCCCCUGCCACCCUGCCCUUCCCCCUGCCACCCUGCCCUUCCCACUGCCACCCUGCUCUUCCCACUGCCACCCUGUUCUUCCCACUGCCACCCUGCUCUUCCCACUGCCACCCUGCUCGUCCCCCUGCCACCCUGCUCUUCCCCCUGCCACCCUGCUCUUCCCACUGCCACCCUGCUCUUCCCACUGCCACCCUGCUCUUCCCACUGCCACCCUGCUCUUCCCACUGCCACCCUGUUCUUCCCACUGCCACCCUGCUCUUCCCACUGCCACCCUGUUCUUCCCCCUGCCACCCUGCUCUUCCCACUGCCACCCUGCUUUUCCCACUGCCACCCUGCUCUUCCCACUGCCACCCUGCUCUUCCCACUGCCACCCUGCUCUUCCCACUGCCACCCUGCUCUUCCCCCUGCCACCCUACUCUUCCCCCUGCCACCCUACUCUUCCCCCUGCCACCCUGUUCUUCCCACUGCCACCCUGUUUUUCCCACUGCCACCCUGCUCUUCCCACUGCCACCCUACUCUUCCCCCUGCCACCCUGUUUUUCCCACUGCCACCCUGCCCUUCCCACUGCCACCCUGCUCUUCCCACUGCCACCCUGUUCUUCCCCCUGCCACCCUGCUCUUCCCACUGCCACCCUGCUCUUCCCACUGCCACCCUGUUCUUCCCCCUGCCACCCUGCUCUUCCCACUGCCACCCUGCUUGUCCCACUGCCACCCUGCUCUUCCCACUGCCACCCUGCUCUUCCCACUGCCACCCUGCUCUUCCCACUGCCACCCUGCUCUUCCCCCUGCCACCCUACUCUUCCCCCUGCCACCCUACUCUUCCCACUGCCACCCUGUUCUUCCCACUACCACCCUACUCUUCCCCCUGCCACCCUGCUUUUCCCACUGCCACCCUGCUCUUCCCCCUGCCACCCUGCUCUUCCCCCUGCCACCCUGCUCUUCCCCCUGCCACCCUGCUCUUCCCACUGCCACCCUGCUCUUCCCCCUGCCACCCUGCUCUUCCCACUACCACCCUGCUCUUCCCCCUGCCACCCUGCUCUUCCCCCUGCCACCCUGCUCUUCCCACUACCACCCUGCUCUUCCCCCUGCCACCCUGCUCUCCCCACUACCACCCUGCUCUUCCCCCUGCUACCCUGCUCUUCCCCCUGCCACCCUGCUCUCCCCUCUACCACCCUGCUCUUCCCCCUGCCACCCUGUUCUUCCCCCUGCCACCCUGCUCUCCCCACUACCACCCUGCUCUUCCCACUGCCACCCUGCUCUUCCCCCUGCCACCCUGCUCUUCCCCCUGCCACCCUGCUUUUCCCACUACCACCCUGCUCUUCCCCCUGCCACCCUGCUCUCCCCACUGCCACCCUGCUCUUCCCCCUGCCACCCUGCUCUUCCCACUACCACCCUGCUCUUCCCACUGCCACCCUGCUCUUCCCCCUGCCACCCUGCUCUUCCCCCUGCCACCCUGCUCUUCCCACUACCACCCUGCUCUUCCCCCUGCCACCCUGCCCUCCCCACUGCCACCCUGCUCUUCCCCCUGCCACCCUGCUCUUCCCCCUGCCACCCUGCUCUUCCCACUGCCACCCUGCUCUUCCCAUCUACUCUGUAG